GUGAAAUCGUCAUAUUGAAGUUCACUGGUGUGUGUUGAAGUUGUUGAAUUGUGUUCAACCGCGUGGUAUCACGAUGGCUGACGAAACACGAGCAGACCUGCUGGAGGCAAUCAAAAGACAGGGUGAAAUCGUGAGGCAAUUGAAAGCUGCCAAAGGAGAUAGCUCCAAGGCAGUUGGUGUUGAUUUUAUGUCACUAUUGGCUGAUAUUAACACCGGUCUCGGGGAUGUCAGUUACAUCAGCGGUUGGUUACCCUCGUGCUACGACAAAAAGCUGUACGAUGUUUGCGUUAAAUUUUUGAAUGGUGAAAUUGAGAGAUAUCCACAUUUGAAGAGAUGGUUUGUCAAUGUCAAGAGUUAUGCACCCAGUGAACGGGAUAAAUUUGUUGAGGGCUCGUGUAAAACGAGAUUAGAGGGUAUUGUUGAGGCGUUGAGCUCGGGUAAUCGUGGAGAUGCUGGGAGUAUUGAUAAAAAGAUAGCUGAGGAAGUAUCUAAACUGCUAGAGCUCAAGGCACAGCUAGGGGAUGGGGGAGAGCCACAGAAAUUCAGUCUCAAGACCCCCAAGGGCACCAGGGAUUAUAAUCCAGAGCAAAUGGCACUCAGGCUCGGUGUUCUGGAUAAAAUAGUCAGUGUUUUCAAACGCCACGGGGCUGAGACCAUCGAUACUCCCAUUUUUGAACUCAAAGAAGUGUUAACUGGAAAAUAUGGAGAAGACACAAAGCUGAUAUACGACCUGAAGGAUCAGGGGGGCGAGAUCCUGGCGUUGCGCUACGAUCUCACAGUUCCUUUCGCCCGUUACCUAGCAAUGUCCAAGAUAACGAACAUAAAGAGAUACCACAUCGCCAAGGUGUACAGGCGGGAUAAUCCCUCCAUGACGAAAGGACGAUAUCGAGAGUUCUACCAGUGUGAUUUUGAUAUCGCUGGUCAGUACGAUCCGAUGAUCCCCGACGCAGAGUGCAUUAGAAUUGUCUCAGAGGCACUGACCAGUCUAGAUCUCGGUGGUUUUAUCAUUAAGGUGAAUCACAGAUGUCUUUUAGACGGAAUAUUUGCAGCCUGUGGUGUCCCCCAGGACAAAUUCAGGGCAAUCUGCUCGUCAGUUGAUAAAUUGGACAAGAGUCCCUGGGAGGAGGUGAGGAAGGAGAUAGUCGAGGAGAAGCAACUGGAUGAUGCAAUUGCCGAUAAAAUUGGCGAGUACGUGUCUAGAAGUGGAGGGGCCAAACUUAUUGAAGAACUCAGGCAGGAUCAGGCUCUGAUGAAGCAAUCCGCUGCCAAGCAGGGGCUCGAGGCCAUGGAACUGUUAUUGAAGUAUUGUGAUAUUUAUAGAGUCACGGAUAAAGUUCUGUUUGAUUUGAGUCUGGCUAGGGGAUUGGAUUAUUAUACUGGAGUCAUUUAUGAAGCUGUUUUGACUGACAGUGAAGUAGGCAGUGUGGCAGGUGGUGGUCGUUAUGACAAUCUCGUGGGCAUGUUCGACCCGAAGAAGAAAACUCCUUGUGUUGGAGUGUCUCUAGGAGUGGAACGAAUUUUCUCGGUUCUUGAAAAUCGCAAAGCUACUUCCGGUCAGAAGACGAGAACUACCGAGGUAGAGGCGUACGUGGCAACAGCCCAGAAAAAUCUGCAGGAGGAGCGAAUGAAGAUUCUGGCUGAGCUGUGGGAUGCUGGCAUCAAGGCCGAGCACCAUUACAAGAAGAAUCCUAAAAUCCUGGCGCAGCUGCAGUAUUGCGAGGAAAGUGGAAUACCUCUGGCUAUUAUUAUUGGUGAAGGAGAACUCCAAAGAGGUGAAGUCACUCUCAGAGAAGUGGCAACACGAGCUGAACGAUCCAUUCCCCGGGAUACCCUCGUCGACGAGGUCAAAAAAUGGAUUCAGAGUCAAUCCAAAUGAACAUAGGAAAUUUUUUGCUUCAUACACAUUAUAAUUUCACAGCUUUUCCCUUACCAAAUGAUUGAGACACAGUACCUCUUCGUCUAUCUGGAAAUUCUGAUGAUUGAUCAACUACAACAAUUUAUAAUUUAUUUCAAACAAUUUUUGUCAAUAAAAUCAUGAUAAAAUCGA